AAAAAAGCAACAAUACCUCCUUGAUGAUAUAAAAAACACGAGUAAACACAUAGAAAAUCAAGAAAAUUACGAAUAUAUCGCAUUGACGUUUUCUAAAAUUCCGGAAUACACCACCAAAUUGCAAUACAUUCGAAGUACCAUGUUAAUGAUGCUUUCGCGAUCAAAGUUGCUCAAACGUCGUGUCGGACAACUCAAAUCGAUAAAAGACCAACAGAAAGCGCAGGUUGCACAGAUCAAGCAACGCGAGCGAAAGUUUGAUGAAACUGUGUUGGCAGCCAAAGUUGUGGCAAAUCCAGAAAUGCAAACAAUUGUAUUAAAGAGCUCCCGAAAAAAGAAAAAAGAGGCUGAUAUUAAACAGAAAGAUAAUAAAAAAGGUGGUGGUGGUAGCAAGACGGGAAAAGAGAAAGGUAAAAAAAAGGUAGAAAUAAAUUCUCCUCCUUCAACUAUUAAAAAGGAUAAUAAUGAAGGUAAUAUUAAUACAACUACUACGACACAAGAUGUCAAUGAACUACCAGAAUAA